AUGCAAAAAUCAGACGCAAGUUCUCUUCAAGCUUACGGACAAGCUCAAUAUCGUCGCGCCAACUUUCACAGAGCGCUUGCUGCCUUCACCAAGGCAACAAAUCAGGCGUUGCAACUUGGGGGAGGAGAUACUGUUGGCAUUCUGGACAAUAGAGCCGCAACCCAUUGCAAAUUACAAGUCCCAAAGUCUGGUCUCCAAGAUGGGAAACGGAUGAUCGAGGAGAAUAAAAUGGACUCCCGGGGAUAUUUGCGUACUGCCAAAAUUCUCCAGUUGAUGGGUAGAUCUGACAAAGCCAUUCAGACAUACCAAUAUGCGCUUCGUGUAUUGCCACUAGAUGACCCUGGUCGUCAGCAAAUCAACGAAUUAGCAGCAAAGUUAAACAAACGAUUUAAGCAGGCCAUGGGACCAUUUUGCUCUCUUACCCCUGGAGCUGGUAUGCAUGAUACUAGAGUAUUUGGAUCUAAAGUCGCUCCUCCAGUCGAUUUUCCUAGGCUUAUGGCCGGGUUACGGCAAAUCCCUUCAUUAGAACAUCUUGAACUUCUAGGAAGCUUUAGCUCGAAAUUCGAUGUAGCUCCAGUUUACACUCUAACCGGUCUAAGAACUUUGGUCUGUUCAGCGUCAUCCGAGAUGACACUCGCACACUUUCGGAAAGUUUUAUUGGAUUGUCCGUUGCUUGAGCGGGUCGAGGCUACUUUAUUUGAUAUAAUCCCGAACCUGGAAGAGUUUUACCUCAUCUGCAACUCCGUUAUGAUAAGAAAUGUACCAGAAGUUUCUAACCUGCCGAAACUCAAGCGCUUCGGGCUCCUAGGCAUAAAACUCAAUAAAUAUCCUGAACUGCCCGAAUCCCUUGAACACCUCUCGUUGUCCAUGAGCGACUAUAACCUGCCCCUCGGCGUACCAAGUAAUGACAUAUCAGCUAUGGCACCUAAUUUAAAGACUUUAAUUCUCCAUCGCUUCCAAGAUGAUGAGUUGGGCCCAUUUCUCAUUUCUUUCACCCAAUCGAAAUCGUCUCUCACCCACCUCGAUCUCGAAGGAUGCCACUUACACGUGGAAGACUUAUUAAUAGCGAUGAUGCGAGGCAACCUGGAAGGUCUCACGUAUCUAAACAUCAGCGGCCUGGCAGAAAUCGACGACAAGGUUAUCUCAAACAUCAUCGAUAUGGUCCCCAAUAUCAAGGAACUCAACAUUUCCCGAACACAGGUGAAAGAGCACAGUGUGAAGAAGUUGCUUGAUUCAGAUAAGUCGAAUCUUAAGAAGCUUGUCGUUCACAAGAUGGAGACGCCGUUUAGCAGGGAUUUUCUUGACUAUGCCAGGAGCAAGGGGGUUGAGAUCCCCCCGCCUAUAAAUCUUAAAGGCACGAAACGGGCUCCUGUCACACCGACACCACGUAGAUAA